UGAUCAAACCCUAAUUUCAGAAAAUCAAAAGGGUAUUAUCACUUGCAGUUCAUCGCCCAUGUUGUGUAAACCAUUAGCAGAAUUCUUCACAUUUAUUGCGUAAUGAGUCGUCUGAAAUUGGAGGGCCCAGUCAAAAACCCAUAAAAGAGCCGUCUUUGGUUACUUUUCUCCCCCAUUUGACCCUCUUCUCUCUCUCUCUCUCUCUCUCUCUCUCUCUCUCACCUGCCUUUCCAUUAUUGCUCUGAAGUCGUUGAGACGAACACACUUGGGAAGGGAGAGAAAUCCCAGAUGGACGACGUGAAUCCCCCUCGUCAGGGAUCCAAUUCUUCAGGAGGAAGAGUACCCGAUAGAAUGGAGAUGAUCCGAGUUUAUCAGGCCUGGAAAGGCAGUAACAGAUUUCUCAUGGGAGGUAGAUUUGUAUUUGGACCGGACGCAAGAUCAAUCUUCAUGACCAUAUCUCUCAUCGUUAUCCCUAUUGCCGUAUUUUGUGUGUUUGUUGCCAAAAAUCUCAUGGAUGAUUUCCCCCACCAUUUAGGAAUAUUAAUCAUGGUUGUGCCCAUUGUCUUCACAUUUUGGGACUUGUUACUUCUUUUGUUGACAUCAGCAAGAGAUCCUGGCAUUGUUCCACGUAAUCUGUGUCCACCUGAACCUGAAGUUAUUGAAGGAAUUACAGAAGCUGUGACUGGUCAACCAUUACCAUUGCGUUUGCCUCGGGUUAAGGAGGUACAAGUCAAUGGGAUAACUGUGAAGGUUAAAUACUGUGACACUUGCAUGCUUUAUCGGCCUCCUCGUUGCUCACACUGUUCAAUAUGUAAUAACUGCGUCGAAAGGUUUGACCAUCACUGCCCCUGGGUUGGACAAUGCAUUGGACAGAGGAAUUACAGGUUCUACUUCUUGUUUGUCCUGUCAACCACUCUUCUCUGCCUUUACAUAUUUGCAUUCUGCUGGGUUUACAUCAGAAGGAUUAUGGAUAGUAAAGAUAUAUCGAUUUGGAAAGCCAUGGCUAAGACGCCUGCCUCCAUUGUCCUAAUCGCUUACACGUUUCUCUCUUUCUGGUUUGUUGGUGGCCUUACUAUGUUCCAUCUUUAUCUCAUCAGCACAAACCAGUCUACUUAUGAAAAUUUUAGAUACCGGUAUGAUAGAAGGGAGAACCCAUAUAACAAAGGGAUUAUUAACAACUUUAAAGAGGUCUUCUGCACUAGUAUUCCUGAAUCCAAGAACAAAUUUAGGAGAAAAGUUAUGAGAGAGCCAGAAAUACGCACAGGCUCAAUGAGUGGUAGCUUUUCUGGUUCCUAUGUUCGAAAAGCAUUUGGUGGUGACCUGGAAAUGGGAAGUAAACCUGUUUGGGAUGAUGCCACUAGUAACGAUGAUGAUCUUGAACGACAUGCAAUUCAGAAUGAUUCUGCUUGCAAGAAAGAUGGUAAGUUUGAUAACGAGUCCUGUUCUGAUGAUCCAAGCCGAGAUCAUUUGAAACAGAACUUGGCACAACCAAUUAAUGAUGUAUGGGGAAUAAGUGGUAGUUGGGUUACACCGCCUUCAGAGGACUUGAACAGAAGCAGAAACUUCGGUUUGGCAUCCGAACCGCGGAUGGACAGAAAUUCUUGAUUGGUGGUGUAAAAUGUGAGAAUUUGAAUUGAAUCAAGAGUAGUAUUUGGUAUUAUAUUUGAAUGUGGUGAAUAUAAGUUUAUUGGUAUGGUUGAUUAAGUGUGGAUAGAAUGAUACAAUAUAUAACAAACAUGUUCAUAUAUAUUAUGGUUUGUUUGCUA